AUGCCCCUCCCCCAACUCCUAACCGGCAAAGUCGCCGCCAUCACAGGCGGAUUAACCGGCAUUGGCAGGGCCAUCGCCCUCGAAUACCUCCGCCACGGCGCCAAAGUCGCCGUCAACCACCUGGGCGGACCGAAAGACGAGCCCCUCGUCGAAGUGAUGCAGAAAGACAUGCUAGAGAUAACAACAACAGGGGGCGAAGAGAGCGCCGAGAGCCGAUUCCUCCUUGUUCCGGGGGACAUUUCCCAGCCGGAGACGGGGCGGGAGUUCGUCGCCAAGGCAGUGGACGCGUUUGGGAGGCUGGAUGUGUUUGUGAGUAACGCCGGGGUGUGUAGGUUUGAGGAGUUUCUGGAAGUCGACCCCCCCCUCCUCGGACACACAAUAUCCACCAACCUCACCGGCGCCUUCUGGGCCACACAAGCCGCGGCCCGCCAAAUGGCACUGGCGCAAUCUCCGCCCGGCGGCUCAAUCAUCGGAAUCAGCUCGAUCUCCGCGCUCGUAGGCGGCGGCCAGCAGACGCACUACACGCCGACCAAGGCGGGGGUGCUCAGUCUGAUGCAGUCGUGUGCGGUGGCGUUAGGGAAAUACGGGAUCCGGUGUAAUGCGCUUCUGCCGGGGACGAUUCGCACGCAGCUGAAUGAUGAGGAUAUGAGCGAUCCGGUCAAGAGGACGUAUAUGGAGGGGAGGAUCCCGUUGGGGAGACUGGGUCAGCCGCCGGAUUUGGCGGGGCCGGCGGUGUUUUUGGCUUGUGAGGAGUUGAGUGGGUAUGUGACUGGCGCACAGAUCCUGGUCGAUGGGGGGCUUUUUGUUAAUCUCCAGUGA